UCGUGCGCCACGCGAGACCACGUGGUAUCGGCAAAGUCAAGCGAGAUCACGGAAUCGACAGCGAGCUCUCCUCGGCUCGGACAGAACACGACGACAUUAGACCGCUAAGCCGCGGUGUCUGGGGCGGGUGUGAAGAUGAACAGCGUCGGCGAGGGCUGCACGGAGCUCAAGCGCGAGUAUGACCAGUGUUUUAACCGCUGGUUCGCCGAGAAGUUCCUGAAGGGAGACCGGAGCGCGGAUCCGUGCAGCGAGUUAUUCCUCAAAUACCACACGUGUGUCCAGAAAGCCAUCAAGGAGAAGGACAUCCCUGUAGAAGGUGUGGAGUUCAUGGGUCCAAACAGAGAGAAAGCGGACAGCUGAUGCCCUGAUUGGGUUUCAUGUGGACUGGGAUGAGACAUGGACUGCAGCACUGGACACUUACUGCUGAGACUACCACUGUACAUCCAGUGCUCUGCCUGUUUAUUCAUCAUUCGUGUAUGUUUCAUAACAUGCAGGAGAAUGCACUGUGCAUGUGUGCAUUAAGAAGAGACUAAGUUAGUUGUGUUUGGGUUGCCAGGUGCAGCGGGUUUCUGCAGAAGCUUGUUUCUGCCGUGAAAUAAAAAUUAAAAAGGUAAUUGCGAUGAUAUAUUUAAUAAUUUUUUAACAGAAAAAAAAGGUAAAGGCAACUUUUAGUUUAUGUCUCAUAAUUUGA